UUACAAAGUAACAGUAUGGCUUGUGGAAGCUGCUGCUGGUCCCUCGGGCUGUCACUGGGGCUGAUCGCCUCCAUCCUGGGUUUGGGUCAUUCAGUGGAGUUGGCAUUUACAGUGGAGCCCAGUGAUGAAGUUGCCACCCCGGGACAGUCUGUAACUCUGCUGUGUUCUGCAGAUGGUGUCCAGCCAAUCACUAUAACUUGGAGGAAGAAUGGUGUACCCCUCUGGACUGGGUCAAAUGCAUUCCCACUUCCCAACGGCUCCCUUUACCUUCCUUUUUUUACUAACAAUAAGGAUGACGGCUCAUCUAACCAGGGAGAAUAUGACUGUGCGGCACAAAACCGUUUUGGGUCUGUGGUGAGCCGAAAGGCAAGAGUGCAGGCAGCUGGCAUUUUAGAUUUUCACAUCUUUCCCCGAGACAUGACUCUAGAAGUAGGUGGCGUGGCUAGAUUUCAGUGUCAGAUCCGUGGAGUGCCGGAACCACAGAUUAUAUGGGAACGAAAUGGAGAAAUUAUAAACACAGAGCACCCAAGAUACACCUUGCUACCCACUGGUGUGCUGCAGAUAACUGCCCUUCAAGCUGAAGAUGGGGGCAUAUUUCGCUGUGUGGCCAGAAAUGCCGCUGGUAUUAAAUACAGUCCUGAGGCCAUGCUAACUGUGACAGGUCCUCAUUACACUGGAUAUAAGGAUCCAAUGAUUCUAGUUGGUCCUGAGAACCUCACUAAGACUGUUCAUCAGACAGCAAUUCUUGAGUGCAUGGCUACUGGAAACCCUCGGCCUAUUGUGUCCUGGAGCCGUCUUGAUGGCCGUCCUAUUGGUGUGGAAGGGAUCCAGGUAUUGGGAACAGGAAAUCUAAUGAUUUCAGACCUCACUAUACAUCACUCUGGAGUCUAUGUGUGUGCUGCCAACAAGCCUGGAACCAGGGUGCGCCGGACAGCACAAGGGAGGCUUGUAGUACAGGCCCCAGCUGAGUUUGUCCAGCACCCACAGUCCAUUUCCCGGCCUGUUGGCACUACAGCAAUCUUUACGUGUCUGGCCCAGGGAGAGCCACCACCUCAAAUUACAUGGCUGAAGAAUGGCCAGGAGCUGGAGCUCAAUGGACAUAUCAAGCUCAAGAAUAACAACAGCUCUUUAACUAUCUCCGGGAUCAGCCAGGAGGAUGAGGCUAUUUACCAGUGCAUUGCUCAGAACAGCGCAGGUUCCAGUCAAGCCAGUGCUCGGCUUUCUGUAAUAUGGGCAGAAGGACUGCCUGGGGCACCUCAAGAUGUCACUGCCACCACAAUAUCAUCCACCUCUAUCCAGGUAUCCUGGAUUGAGCCUCUAGAGAACACACAGGAAAUUAUUGGAUAUGUAGUGCACAUCCGCAAAACUGAAGAUCCUGUUCAAAUGGAAUAUCAAGAGGCUGUAAGCAAAGACACCUUUCAGCAGAUUGUGACAGACCUGGAGCCAUCAACAACCUACAGCUUCUAUAUUAAAGCAUAUACUUCAAGAGGCGCAAGCAAGGCAUCCGCCGCUGUGGUGCAGAGCACGGUGGGAGAAGUGCCCGCUGUGCCAUCACUCUACAUCAAGGUUCUGAAUAGCACAGCUAUCCAGGCAGCCUGGGAGCCAUCAAUCAAACUGGGUCAGAAUGAGGGCUUCAAACUGUAUUACCGCAAGGUGCUCAUGCCAAACUACACAGGGCCUAUGCUUCUGCCCAGCAACGUUACAGCGUACAACAUCUGCAGACUGGACCCCCUAGUGGUGUAUGAGGUGAAGUUACUGGCGUAUAAUCACCAUGGAGAUGGAAACUCCACAGUUCGUUUUGUAUCCUUGAAAGAGGCAUCUGCUCGAGCAGUUCUGAAUCCAUCCUGUAACUGCGUGAUUGAUGAGCAGAAGGCAAAAUCAUCAGCCACUGGUAUCAUCAUUGGAAUCCAUAUUGGUGUCACCUGUAUAAUUUUUUGCAUCUUGUUUCUCAUGUUUGGAUACCGCGGGAGGCUCAUGAAGUGUAAAGCUGCACAGGACCCCAUCUCAGCUCCUCAAGGACCUGGGGGUAUCAAUGUCAGACUUUCAGAUCGAGCAGGUCACAAUGGUGAUAGCUUGAAUGAUGGUGAAAUUCCAGAAACCAAGGGCAAAGUUGGUGAACUCAGUGAGAUGGAGCAUUUAUUUCACCAUUCACCUUCUCAUCGAAAUGGGCAACAGUCUGCUCCAUCUUGUCCUUUGGAUGAAACAUUGGUUUCUACCAUCACUCCAGAUGAAAUCAGCUUUACUGAAGAAGACCCUCCAGGGCACCUUACAGCCACAACCAAGAAUUGAGCCUCUGAUCUUUCUCUAAAGCUGGUCCUGAAUCCUUGCUGCUCCUGUCAGCCAAGUCUGAUGGAGCUUUUUUUUUUACACAAUCUCAGGUCUCCAUUUUCCAAACCCUGUGAUCCCUUUAUAUCCUUUUGAUAGAAUUUUGUACUUUUUUAUUAUUAUAUGCGAGAACGCAGCACUUAUUGACUGUUACUCUCCAGAGACUGUGGGCAGCCAUCUCUUUUUCACUAUCACUACAUGUUAUCGCCUGCUUGAAGCCCUCUGGC